UUCACAUCGGACGGCCGUGGCAGUGGCUCUCGUCGGUUCGCAACUCGGCUACGCCCAGAGGUUUUCACCAAAAGCCGGGGCCGCACAAACAACCGUUUCCUUUUCAUGGAGAGAUAGGAGAAGGGGGGGGGGGACCAAACUUCCUUGCAGCAAAGGAUUUCUGUUUUUCCUGCUCCGGCAGUUUGCGAGCUCCCGUCCUCGAGGGAAGAGCUGCAGCGGUUGCAGGAGAGUCCCUGGGAUUACAGACUCCACCCUCGGGGGAAUGCAAUUGUCAUUUUCUUCUCCUCUCUGGGACCUGCUUGGGCGCAAAGGGCUGAAGCCGAGGAGGGCCUUCUUGGAGCCCUGCUGAAAUUCAGGAGGCAGCAAAACCGAGGUCUCCGACACCUCUUAUGCAGGUCCCAGGGUCUUCUCACGGGCGAGCUCCAGAAGGCUGAAGGGAGGACGGGCAGCCUUUAGGGGCAACUCUUUUGUGGGGUGGAAGCCUCGGCUGUCCGAGAACACAACUCGAUCGGCGUAGAGACUGCUUACGCCGACCCUUUGGCCAGUUGGGGAGGUUUGGGAAAGAAUGCGCCUCCUCGACGUUCAGCACUACUACACCACCUUGGUCCUGGCUCAAAGGGGAGGAAGGUGGCUAAAGCACCCCUGAGGAAGACCAUCAAUCUGGACCUGGCCUGAUUUCUUCGCAUGGAGUCCUCCACUCUGCCUUGGGGUUCUUCCCGCAGCCAGGGUCUCCCCAGCAGCUGACUGUUGAGAAUGAAUGGGGAUGUUCUCUAGCCAUUCCUAACCUUCUCCUGCACCUGCCUUCCACCGACGGAGCAAAUCCAAUGUACUGCGGCUGACUGGGGCGGGGGUGGGGGAAAACGCUUGGAUCUUCUACCAGAUAUGACAGUCCAGAAACUGGUCGCCACAGCCGUCUUGGUCGCUCUGGUGUCCCUCAUCCUCAACAACGCGGCCGCUUUCACUCCCAACUGGGUCUACCAGACCUUGGAGGAUGGGCGCAAACGCAGCGUGGGGCUGUGGAGGAUGUGCUGGCUGGCAGAGAAGGGGAAAGGAGGUGUGGGCGCAGGUGGCAAGCACGGGCAAGGGGCGGAGCAGCACGAAUGCGAAGCCUUGGGCUGGGGUUCAGAGCCGGCAGGCUUCCAGGAGUCCCGAAACACCGUCAAAUUGCAAUUCGAUAUGAUGCGUGCCUGCAAUUUGAUUGCCACCGUCGCCUUGACCGCCGGCCAGCUCCUCUUCGUGUUGGGAUUGGUGGAGCUGCCCAUCAUUUCCCAGGAUACCCAAUGGUGGGAAGAAGCCAUUGCUGCCGUGUUCCAGCUUGCCAGUUUUGUUCUGGUCAUUGGCCUGGUGACUUUCUACCGCAUUGGACCCUACACCAGUCUGUCCUGGUCUUGCUACCUGAACAUUGGGGCGUGUCUCUUAGCCACAUUGGCUGCAGCCAUCCUUAUAUGGAACAUCCUUCACCGGCGGGAGGACUGCAUGGCCCCCAGAGUCAUUGUGAUCAGCCGCACGCUAACCGCUCGCUUUCGGCGAGGCCUGGAGAACGACUACGUGGAGUCCCCGUGCUGAGAAGACGGAGACGGAAAGAGGGCGAUACAAUCACACAGGCGGAUUUAAAAACAAAAACAAAAAAAAACCCAACUGACUGUUUUCUUAUAUAUAGGCGAUGUAAUUUAAAAACCACAAAUUUCACUCUUCACUUAGGGAAAUCCGUCAUUACGGGUAGUCCUCAACUUACGAUCAACAUUAAGCCUCGUGGUUAAGUGAGACAUUUGUUAAGUGAGCUGUGCUCCAUUUCAUAACAGCUGUUUAAGUUAGUAACUCGGUUGUGGAGUGAAUCUGGCGUCCUGUCGACUUUGCUUGUCGCAAAAGGGGUGUUGUGGCCUCCAGCAGUGGACAGUGAGGAGGUUGGGGAGGAACAUGAGCCAGUCCUGGAGUCUGGAGAAGGCUCCGAUGAGGGCUCUGGG